AUGUCCGCCGCCGUGGACGCCGUCGCCGCCGGCGUCGCCGCCGUGGACGUCGCCUCGGGCGACGACGCGCACGCCCCCCCGCCCGCCGCCGCGGAAGACGGUGGCGAGCAGGUCGUCACCCCGUGGGACGUCGCCGGCGGCGCGGACGGGAAGAUCGAUUACGCCAAGCUCGUCGAUCAGUUCGGCUGCCAGACCAUCGACGCCGCGCUCGUGGAGCGCAUCGAGCGCGUCACGAACACGCGCGCGCACCCGUUCCUGCGCCGCGGGAUGUUCUUCGCGCACCGCGAGCUCGAUCAGAUCGUCUCCGCGUACGAGCGCGGCGAGAAGUUCUACCUGUACACGGGGAGAGGGCCGUCGUCCGAGGCGCUGCAUCUCGGGCACCUGAUCCCGUUCCACUUCACCAAGUGGCUGCAGGACGCGUUCAAGGUGCCGCUCGUCAUUCAGCUCACGGACGACGAGAAGUUCCUGUGGAAGUCACUGGAGCUGAGCGAGGCGAGGCGCCUCGCGCGCGAGAACGCGAAGGACAUCAUCGCGUGCGGGUUCGACCCGCGACGCACGUUCAUCUUCUCAGACGUCGACUACAUGUGCGCGCCAUUCUACGUCAACACGCUGAAGAUCGCCAAGUGCGUCACGUUCAACCAAGCCCGCGGGAUCUUCGGGUUCAGCGGCGAGAGCAACAUCGGACAGAUCGGGUUCCCGCCGACGCAGGCCGCGCCCGCGUUCCCGGACUGCUUCCCGCACCUCUUCGGCAAAUGCAAGAAGAGCCUGCGGUGUCUCAUCCCGUGCGCCAUAGACCAAGACCCGUACUUCCGCAUGACGCGAGACGCCGCGCCGAGGAUCGGCGGGCACAAGCCCGCGCUCGUGGAGUCGCGGUUCUUCCCCGCGCUCAAGGGCGAGAGCGGGAAGAUGAGCGCGUCGGACCCGACGAGCGCGAUCUACGUCACGGACUCCCCCAAGCAGAUCAAGGAGAAGAUCAACAAGUACGCGUUCAGCGGCGGGCGACUCACCGUGGAGGAGGUGCGUUCUAUACACUGGUCCCCAUACGACCGCGUCGGCGUGCACCGCGCGCUCGGCGGGGACCUGGACGUGGACAUCUCGUGGAAGUGGCUCAACUUUUUCAUGGACGACGACGCGGAGCUGAAGCGCAUCGGCGACGCGUACGGCGCCGGGGAGAUGCUCAGCGGGGAGAUCAAGUGCGAGCUGAUCGCGUGCCUGACGCCGAUCAUCGCCGCGCACCAGGCGGCGAGGAGCGCGGUGACGGACGCGCGCGUGGACCAGUUCUUCAGCACCGCGCCGAGGGAUUUCCACGCGAUGUUCGGUGACAUGGAGGGCCCGCCGCCGAAUCCGCCGGGCGCGGGGGAGAAGGUGUCGUUUCAAGGGUCGGAGGAUCUCGUCGCGAUCGGCGCGCCGGGGGUCGGGGAGGGACCGGGGGGGAAGGGGAAGGGCGAAGGCGAAGGCGAGGGCGGGGGCGAAGGCGGGGGCGGGGGCGACGGCGAGGGCGGGAUGUCGAAGAACCAGCUGAAGAAGAUUCAGAAGGAGAAGGAGAUCGCGGAGAAGAAGGCGAAGAAGGCGGCGGAGAAGGCUGCCGCGAAAGCCGCCGCCGCCGCCGCGCCGUGA